AGAAGGAACAGAAAAGAAUUUAGAAAAAGCUUUUCAUUGGUAUCAAAAAGCAGCAGAAAAAGAUCAUAUUGAUGCAAUGAAUGGAGAAGGAACAGAAAAGAAUUUAGAAAAAGCCUUUCAUUGGUAUCAAAAAGCAGCAGAAAAAGAUCAUAUUGAUGCAAUGUUUAAUCUAGCUGUACAUUAUAGGAAUGGAGUAGUAACAGAAAAGAAUUUAGAAAAAGCCUUUCAUUGGUUUCAAAAAGCAGCAAAAAAAGGUCAUAUUUUUGCAAUAAUUAAUUUAGUUGCAUGUUAUAGAUAUGGAGAAGGAACAGAAAAGAAUUUAGAAAGGGCCUUUUAUUGGCAUCAAAUAAUAGUAGAAAAUAACAAAAAAAUUUCUAAAAUUGAAGUUGUAUUUUGUAAUGAA